AGCAGAAUGAUCACCAAUGACAGCGGAGUAUCACAGUCCCCUAGUAACACUGAGACAUGCAGUCAUCAGUAUGACAGGGUGCCAUGUUGAGCAGGAAUACCAGUAUCUGCUUGGAGUUGUGUCUACGGAAGCCUGGAUGAUGUAGAACUGGCAGUGUGGAUUAAAGGGCUGGUCAGGAUAGCGAAGCUCACAUAUAACCCACACUGCUGCCAGACUUAUUGGUUUUCCCUCUAAAUGCUAUCACUUCCAGUGCAACUUUGGCCAGAUGAGUAAGUUACAGAACUGUUUAGUGUCUGGACAUUCAUUCUUAAAAACGGUUUUUCUAUCUUUAUCAAAUCAUUGUCAACCCUAUCAAAACAAAAUUGAAAAUACAAGAUCAAAUUAACUUUUUUAAUUUUUCUAAACCAGGAAGUUAUGUUCCAUUUAAAUGUGAGUAAAAAUUUGGUUUCCGUAAAUUGUUCAGAAACAACACCAAGCUAACAACCCUAAUAUUAAAGACAAUCUUAUCACAUAUGAGUGAGAGACUGAAUUCCUUAAAACAGAAUCUGAGGCUCAGCAAGUGGGUCAACAAAGGAUUAACAUGGUCAUUUUAAUGAUAUUCAUGUAAACUUAUGGAAGUGAUUGGAUACUGGAUGACUAGGAGAGUCCGAGGAUGUUCUUCAUGUGAAAGACUAAAUACAUCACAAAUAAGUGACGGUCAACUGCUCAUCUGGUUUUUCUCUCCACGGUAGCCAUGAAUACACAGUUCCUGAGCCAGAAAAUUCCUCAAGAUUAAUUGGAAGUGCUGGCUUGCAGUUGAUGCCAAAACCUUGUGAUGUCCUGUGGAUUAAGCUGUCAGUGACUUGGCUACCUAUUUGACAGACAUCAAUACGGACAGUAUCAGAUUGUCAUUCCACAUCCGCCCAUCAAUAAAUGGAUUUUGUUAUAUGAUUUCUCCACUGAUUUUUCCAGUCAAAUGAUUUUUAUUCUAAUGUGAAAGCACCUGACCUGGGAUAGACCAUAGGUUAACACUUGGAAGUGUUACAUUUAACCUAGGCUAAUCGCUCAUACCUACAGAAAGUCUGUGUUUCCUUCGUCAGUGAUAGAAAUGUCCCUUGCCGGACUCUCUGGCAAAGACAAUUCCUUGGAUGUUCCUACAUUAUACAACUUUACACAAAUCACCAUGGAUAACCUCGCGGAUACUAAUACGACUAACCUGACUGAUGUGGGGGCUGUCGGUCCGUCCCAGACAGCACUACACAUUGGCGGCAUUAUAAUGCUUCUGGCACUUCUUUCUGGGCUGUUUGGAAACUUUUUAGUCAUGAUUGUAAUAUUCACCAAGCGAGAUCUCAGCAACAUUAUCAACAUCUUCAUCAUCAGUCUCUGCAUAAAUGAUAUAAUCAAUCUUGGCUUUAAUAAUAACAUGGUACUGCUCUCUUAUUUUCUUGGACGGUUCCCUACCGGAAUGUUGGGAUGUGAACUAGCCACUCAUUUUAGUGUGUUGUUAAUGGGAUCGUCUUUAUGGCAUACUGGACUCAUCGCUAUUCAUCGUCUUAUUGUUGUGGUGUUCAACAAUUUUUACAAAAUCAUUUCCAAGAAAGCCUAUACAAUAUUUGUGCUGGUGUUUGCUCGUGUUGUUCCACUGUUGUUUCUCUGUCAACCGUCGCUAGGCAACAUGGCCUACUAUGAGCCGAAACUUCUACGAUGCAUCGUCAAGAAAAAUUAUGGACCAUUCACACUUCUGGUAAGCGUGUUUCUGAUGAUGCUUCCUUCUGUCAUUCUCAUCGUCUGUUACAUUGCUAUUUUCAUCAAAGUGCAUCAGUCAUCUAGAGCAUCCAGAGUGUCACGGCAACGUGAAUGGCUCAAACGAGAGAUCAAAAUCACCAAAAUGUUUGGUAUGGUGUUUCUUCUAAUCUUGAUUGGGUACCUUCCAUACGGUAUUGUGCGAGCAAUGGAUAAGCGUUUGGAAUGGCAUGCAGAUUUCUAUGUGGCCAUUACAGUGUUUUUUGCCAUAGCAAACAGCAGUAACCCCAUAGUGUACGGAAUAAUGGAUAGACAAAUCCGUCAGCAAUGUUUCAAUGCACUGCAUAUCAGAAUGUCAAAGGAGGAUGUCAAAAAUGGAAACAUAACGACAAAUUCAAGGAUGUCCCACAAUGAAUACAAGGACAAGGAGGAGGUUACCGAGGUUGUCCCCCUCAACAACUCAAAGACAGAGUCGGAAAAGGAGGUGAACUCAUAAACAAAACUAUUGGAUAUUCUAUAAAAAAAAUGGCAAUAUCCUUGCCCUCAAUGAAUUCAGAAGUAACACGACCGUCAUUUAUCAUAUCUGAUAAUUUAGCACUGGCCAAAAUAAUGGUACAUUUUGUUUCUAAUGACUACUAAGUUCUUAAAAGAGCUUAAUAUCCUUCAGUGAUUCCCAGGUAUUACCAUGCAUGGUAAUCAGUAAAAUGUGUUUCCAUGGUAAUCUUAACUGUUUAAUAGUUGUCUAUACAAAUGUAUGGACACAAGAAGAACAUUGCCAUUACCUAUAAUCUAUGCCUGUAAGUAUAUGUUUCUAUGGUAACCAAAUUUAAUAGCCCAAAAGAACAUUGUAUCUCUAUAAAAUGUACAGUGCUUACAGGAUUACCAUUGAAUUUUUAAUCAUAUUUGCUUCAGUAAACUGUCUUUCCUAUGGUAGUCUUGUUUGGUGGUCCUAGAAAACACUGCCUCAGUAAAAUGCAUUUCCAUGACAACCUUGUUGAAUGAUCCUUGAAGUCGAAUAUGCCUCCGUGAAAUGUGUUUCUUCUUGUCAAAUUGAAAUUAAUGCUAUUUGAAGAAAAAAGCCUGUACUAAAUUCCUUUUAUUCCUUGAAGAAUAAUUAACCAUUUUUUUAGAAUAAAGGCUGAAAGAAUAUUUUU